AUGAAAAUGAGAGUUGUUUCAAAUCAGGGAUUGAUUAUUGAAUUCUUUAAGAAUAAGAUAGCAAGUUUACAAUCAUCACUACCGUGGAAGAGAAUCAGUCUUUAUUGGGCACAUUAUCAUAGGUAUUAUAAUGUGAUCAAUGAAAAGAUCAAGAUUGAAGGUGUUGUUAUGGCAGGCAAGGAUAUCAACAAUGCUCGUAUUAUACUCACCAAUCCACAUUUAAAGUUGGCCGAUUGCUAUGCUAUCAUUGAUCAAUGUGCACAAUCACCUGUCAAACUAAAAGGUGUGUUUGAUCUCAUUGCUUCAAACAUAUCGUUUUACAAGUCUUCGGUUGGACUCUUUUUCGAGGUGUAUGACUUUUUAAUGGCUAGAGCUGCCAAAUACAAAUGUCCGGAACAAACGUUGUUUAAUCCUUUAAAAGUACUGACUCAUGCAAUAGAGUCUGGAAACUAUGACCUUUAUAUUAGAGUGCUAUGGACAUUUGGAUUAAAGCUUACCGACACGUCAUACUAUGUACGUGAAGGUGGAACGAAUAGGUGUUUGGCAUACGCUGCGAUAUCAAAUAACGCAGAGCUAGUUAAAUUCCUUCAUCAAGAGGGUGGUACUAAAUACGGGUCACUCGCGUCGAUCGUACCGUUCCUUUUACCACACCAAAACAGAUUAUACGUACUAUUGAAGCGUGCAAGACAGAGAUAUACGUGUUGGGCAGAUAUAGACUAUUACCCACUUUUACAAUUCGAUGCUUUGGUCGACCCAACACGUCAGUUUUCCUAUGAAGAUGUUCGUGUCGAUGGUGGUAGUUAUGGUCAUUUCUAUUUAAAUCAUAUAAGACACUAUCGACAAAGUCAUUACUUUCAAAUUGGUAGGAAAAAGGUACCUACACAAACACUCAAAACCGAUAUGGAAGCUAGAAGAAUAGAGAUUGAUAAGAGAAAUGAAAUAGUCGAUUAUCUAAGAACCAACAAUGUACUAAACCCCAACACUAUCAGAUUGAUUCACAAUGUUAAAACUAGAGCAAUCCCAAUCAAAUACUUUGACGCUGAAAAUUCAUUUGUCAAUCUAUUUGAUAUUGGUACUCAAUCAUUACCAAAAUUUGAUUUUAAAUAA